GGGGGAGAAAGACCCUAAUUGAAGCGUUGCUGCCUUGGAAGUCACCUUAGGCUCAUCCGGAACAUGACGGGACGUGCCCGCGUUAGGGCGCGAGGCAUCACCCGCAGCCCCAGUGCCGCGGCAGUGGGGUGCCUCCAGGCCUCCCCGACGCCCGCCUCUGCUGAUCUUAGUGACAAUGAAGCAUCGUCCAACAACGGCUUCGAGGAAACGAGUAGGAUUUCACAGCAAUGUAAAGAUGUUGUAUCUCCUAGCAAUGCUGAAUGCUCUCUCAUGAAAAGAGGAGGGAAAAUCUUCCCGGAUGUCAUGGAUUUGGGGGUCUGUACCAGAGAGAAACUGGCCCAUGUGAGAGACAGCAAAACAGGUUCCAGUGGAAUACCUGUGAAACUGGUCACAAAUCUUUUUAGCUUAGAUUUGCCCCAGGACUGGAAGCUGUACCAGUAUCAUGUGACAUAUAUGCCGGAUUUGGAAUCUAGAAGCAUGAGAAUUGCUUUGCUGUAUAGUCAGAAGGAACUUUCCAACAAAGCAAAGGCAUUUGAUGGUGUCAUCCUUUUUCUCUCAGAAAAGCUAGAAGAAAGGGUCACAGAAUUGUCAAGUGAAACUCGAAGAGGCGAGACCGUAAAGAUGACUGUCACUCUGACCGGGGAACUGCCGGCAAGCUCCCCCGUGUGCAUCCAGGUCUUCAGCAUCAUCUUCAAAAAGAUCUUGAAAAAACUGUCCAUGUACCAAAUUGGACGGAACUUCUAUAAGCCUUCAGAGCCAGUGGAAAUUCCCCAGCACAAGUUGUCCCUUUGGCCGGGGUUCGCCAUUUCUGUGUCAUACUUUGAAAGCAAGCUCCUGUUCAGUGCUAAUGUGAGUUACAAAAUCCUGCGGAAUGAGACUGUUCUGGAAUUCAUGACUGCUCUCUGCUACCAAACUGGCAUGUCCAGCUUCACCCAGAUGUGCGAAAAACAGCUGGUUGGGCUCAUUGUCCUUACAAGAUACAAUAACCGAACCUAUCGCGUUGACGACAUUGACUGGUCGGUGAAGCCCACACACUCCUUCCAGAGGCGGGACGGCACGGAGAUCACCUACGUGGACUACUACAAGCAGCAAUAUGAUAUUACCUUAUCUGACCUACAUCAGCCAAUGCUUGUUAGUCUGUUGAAAAGCAAGAGAAAUGACGUUGAGGCUCGGAUGGUUCACCUGAUACCCGAGCUCUGCUUCCUAACAGGACUGACUAGCCAGGCAACCUCGGAUUUCCAGCUGAUGAAGGCUGUGGCGGAAGAAACGCGGCUCAGUCCACAAGGAAGGCAGCAGCGCCUGGCCAGGCUUGCUGAUGACAUCCAGAGAAACAAGGAUGCUCGCUUUGAGCUGGAGACCUGGGGGCUGCAUUUUGGAUCCCAGAUGUCACUGACUGGCCGGGUUGUGCCUUCUGAAAAAAUAUUCAUGCAAGACCGCAUAUGUCAACCUGUGUCUGCUGCUGAUUGGUCCAAGGAUAUUCGAAGUUGCAAGCUGUUAAGCGCACAGUCUCUGAAUAAAUGGCUGAUUAUAUGUAGCAGCAGAGCUGAAAACGUGAUUGAGAACUUUCUGAGCUGCUUGAGAAGAGUUGGAAGUUCCAUGGGGUUUAAUGUGGACUAUCCCAAAAUCAUGAAAGUACAGGAAAGUCCAGCUGCGUUUUUUGGCGCUUUACAGAAACACGUUGACCCUGAUGUUCAGUUGGUCAUGUGUAUUCUGCCUUCCGCUCAGCAGAACUAUUAUGAAUCCAUUAAAAAAUAUCUGAGCUCCGACUGCCCAGUCCCAAGCCAGUGUGUGCUUGUUCGGACCUUGAGUAAACAGGGGAUGAUGAUGAGUAUUGCCACCAAGAUUGCCAUGCAGAUGACCUGUAAACUCGGAGGCGAGCUGUGGGCCGUUGAGAUCCCUUUAAAGUCCCUGAUGGUAGUUGGCAUCGAUGUCUGUAAAGAUGCGUUCAACAAGGGAAUGGUGGUGGUUGGCUUUGUGGCCAGUAUUAACCUCAGAAUCACCAGGUGGUUUUCCCGCUGUAUCCUUCAGAGAACAACCGCUGAGGUUGCAGACUGCUUAAAAGUUUUCAUGAUCGGAGCACUCAACAAAUGGUACGAGUACAAUCAGGGUUUGCCCGCACGGAUUAUUGUGUACCGUGAUGGUGUAGGAAAUGGUCAGCUCCAAACACUUCUUGAAUAUGAAGUUCCACAGCUGCUGAGCAGUGUGGCAGAAGCAAGUUCAAACACCAGCUCCAAGCUGUCGGUGAUUGUGGUCAGGAAGAGGUGCAUGCCACGGUUCUUCAUGGAACAGAACCGCACCUUACAGAACCCACCACUUGGCACCGUGGUGGAUUCAGAAGCCACGCGUCCUGAAUGGUAUGACUUUUACUUGGUCAGCCAAGCCGCCUGUCGGGGAACUGUUAAUCCCACCCACUAUAAUGUCAUCUACGAUGACAACGGCUUGAAGCCGGACCACAUGCAGAGACUUACAUUCAAACUGUGCCACCUGUACUACAACUGGCCGGGCUUAGUCAGUAUCCCAGCACCGUGCCAGUACGCGCACAAGCUGACCUUCCUUGUGGCACAGAGCAUCCACAAAGAACCCAGUCUGCAGCUGGCAAAUUCUCUCUUCUACCUGUGAGGACAUGAACCGUCGGCAUUGCCGGAUGAAGAAUCCCAGGAGUAGUCAUAUACUCUUUACAAAUCUGCCAUGACCUCGAGGCUGUGACUGGGGAAAAGAGAUUGAGCCAGCUUUAACUUCUGGGGAAAACAAAAACAAUUUAAUCUGAAAUGGUUCAAAAGGAAUGCGUGCUGUUUCUAUUUGAAAACUAUAUGCUUGGGUUAGACUCUCACUGUGGAAUGCGGAAUUAAAAACGUACCAUCACCUGUUACGUUAGUAAGUCCACAAAGCUGAGGACCCUCUAAGAAAAUAAGUGUUUGCAUGAUGCUUUGAUGGGCAGGUCAACGGGGUCUAAUUCCCACCAUAAAUGUUUCAGACGUUUUCUUAAGCAAUGGUACAGAGCAUUUUGUAGAGUGGUGUAAGUAGAUAGUAGAAAAUAAAGACAGUUUAGAG